AUGGCGGACCGCUUGAUCCACAACCGUGUGUUCAAAGUGUCGAAGGAGUUGAAUCGACUGGAUCUACUAUGUGAGCAACACCGUCGCCAGAUCGACCAUCGCGAGGGUCUACCAGACUGGGAGAGGCCCAAUACUCCUGCUGGAAAGGCCAGUGGCCGCCACGGGAGGACGCCGGCCUUUUUCGCCUGGAACGAAGAGUCCAACCAACGAUCACGUCCGACGUGGCAGACAGAGACACCACAGAAAGUGGCGAGGACUCUACAUUUGACCCCGACGAGAGAUCGCGAACAAAACGAAGCCAGGCAACCUGCUCCAGAGAGAUCGCCCUAUAAGAACUUAGGUGGAAGUGAUCCAGAGACUACCACAGUACUGCAAUCUGAGCAGGUCGAACAUGAGGGUAUGGACGAAGCCUCAGCCAUUGAGGUCUACAGCGACGACAAAUCAGCGGAGGAGGAGCAGCCAGUGGUGACAGGAAGAACCAUCGCUGUUAGUCCGAUGCGAGAAGAUAUUCUCGAUCGAGUUUACCCUCCUGCUACGACUACGGUUCCACAACGCAAUGCUACAUCAUUGGAGGCUGCUUCGCCGUAUCACCCGCCUUCAAGUCCACGUUACCGACACGGUCGUCGACUUCAAGCAAGUGAUGCGGCCAUUCCGACAUCUCGCGCACAACAGUAUGCUGCUGGAGUGACGACGGAACAGGCUGAUCGCUACAGAAUGAGCAGGUCGAGUGGGAAAAGGUUCCGAUCUCCAGCCAAGAGAACGACUUUGUGGGAUGAUCUCUGCAACUCCUACAUCCAUCAAAGCGGUGCUAACAACAGCAACAACACCAACACUACAAAUUUUUCACACAAGCGCAUCGCCCGUGCUGCUGCCGAGCGAGCGUUUGGCGGCUCGUCUGUGUUCCGGACGCUCAAUAUGGACUCGUAUGGAUGGCCUGGGUCCGAGUCAGGCCAGCGUCGGCCUGUUAUGACAGGCCCAGAGGCGAUGACCGUAGCGAAUCAUGCAGUGCGAGAGUUCCUUGGUGGACGUGACGAAGAAUGUAAGCAAUCUGAGCCACCAACGCAGUCUAGUACAGUGACUGAGGCCGUCGAAACCUCAAAUGAAGUGCCUAGCUCAUCAACGCCUGAAAGCAGGACCGGCAACAACCGGAAGAGCAAAAGAGUGUCCUUCGGCGGUGAUAAUACACAGCCACAGCCUCGAACUCUCCCCGUGCUUGCCGACAAAACCACGCAGACAGAGGAUUCGCUUCUGCCAGCUCGUCCUCAAAGCAGAAUUAUUACACGUGACUCACAAACGAGAGAUUAUGGCUCCCCUGUGCGCUGCCCUGCGUGCGAUACCGUGGUAGACGAGUCUGGCCGUCCUCGGAAGGUACCAAGGAGUUCUACGAAUUCGGAUGCAGCAGCCUCUACACAACAGCGCAAUUAUCGCCGAACUAGCAGCCAUUUGACGAACCCAAUUAUGAUCAACCCGCGAUACCCUCCAGAGCCGACAAUAUUCCGAGGAAGAUCCACUUACUCUUCGGCAUUUAACGACAGACUAGCAUGGCGAUAG